CACAGAAGGGACAAAAAUAAGAACCUCAAGAAUAGCCACCACCACUCUCUAUUGAAGAGGUUUUAGAGAGGUUUCCCUUUGUCCAUCUUCUUCCUCAUCUUCUCCAUCUUCUUCACUCUGUUAUGCAUACUCACCCAUAAAAACUGGCUUCUACAGCUUCAGUAGCCAUGACUCAAAGAGCUCAAUUUCAGUACCAAAACUGGCCACCAAAACCUCCAAAAAUCAACAGAACUCAACAUCCCCAUAAAAAUCUCCACUUCCUUUCGAUUCCCACUUCUCAUUCUCUAUCUAACAAUUCACUCUCUUCCUCUUCUUUCCCUCUAAUCACCAAAUUCCCCAGAAAUUUACUUCCUUUUCACCCUUUACAUGACGCCACUGAAGAACAUCUCAUUCUAGAAAACCCUAUUAAAAAGCUUGAAUCUUUGAUUAAUUUAGAGUUACCCACUAACCACAAUCAUCAAAUUUUGCAUCAGGAAUCACCUAAAAGAGUUUUUAUCGAAGACCCACCUUGGAUUUCAGCUCUUUUUUUCAAGAGUCUUUAUAAAGUAGCUAAUAAAGAAGUGAAAUUGGAGUUCAAAGAUAUUGAGAAAAAGAAGUAUAAUUUGUUGCGGAGGCGGCAAAUUAGAGAAGAGACUGAGGCAUGGGAGGGAAUGGUGGAGGAAUAUAAAGGUCUAGUGAAGGAAAUGUGUGAGAGGAAGUUGGCUCCUAAUUUGCCUUAUGUUAAAAGCUUGUUUUUGGGUUGGUUUGAGCCGUUGAAAGAAGCUAUAGAAGGGGAGCAGAAUUUUCAGAGGUCAAAGAAGCAGAAGGCUGCAUUUGCCCCUCAUAUUGAGCUGUUGCCAGCUGAUAAAAUGGCUGUGAUUGUUAUGCAUAAGAUGAUGGGGCUGAUGAUGAUUGGCCAUGAAGAUGGGUGCGUGCCCGUCGUCCAGGUUGCGGUGCAAAUUGGCAUGGCUAUAGAGCAGGAGGUAAGAAUUCACAGUUUCUUGGAAAAAACCAAGAAUUUCCAGAGGAAGACUGCGACAUGCGAUGCUCAAGAAAAUCUGGGAAAGGAGAAGGAGAUACUCAGAAAACGUGUUAAUUGUUUGAUUAAAAGAAAGAGGCUGUCCGAUGUGCAAAAGCUGGUGAAAAAUGAAGAAAUGAAACCUUGGGGUCGAGAUAAGCAGGCUAAGCUGGGAUGUCGCCUGAUAGAACUAUUAACUGAAACAGCUUUUGUGCAACCUCCAGUUAACCAAUCAGCAGAUGUUCCACCAGAUGUUCGACCGGCAUUUAGGCACAAAUUUAAGAUUGUAAAAAAUAGUCCAGGGCAGAAAAUGGUGAAGAAGUAUGGAGUUAUAGAAUGUGAUUCCCUGAUCCUCAAGGGGAUGGAUGGAUCUGCUAAGCAUAUGUUGAUUCCUUAUUUUCCUAUGCUGGUACCUCCAAAAAAGUGGAGAGGGUACGACAAGGGUGGGCACUUCUUCCUGCCUUCAUACAUCAUGCGUACUCAUGGUUCUAGGAAGCAACAGGAUGCGCUUAAGAGUAUUCCUGCAAACAAUAUGCAGAAAGUAUAUGAGGCCUUGGACACACUUGGGAACACUAAAUGGAGGGUCAACAGAAGAGUCCUUGAUGCUGUGGAGACUAUAUGGGCAAGGGGCGGCAACAUUGCAGGCUUAGUUGACCGAGAAGAUAUCCCAAUACCAGAGAAACCACUAUCCGAGGAUUUAACAGAACUUCAAAGCUGGAGAUGGAAUGUGAGGAAGGCAAAGAAGACAAAUCGCGAGCGACAUUCUCAACGAUGCGACACUGAACUUAAGCUUUCUGUGGCUCGAAAACUGAAAAAUGAGGAGGGAUUUUAUUAUCCUCACAAUCUUGAUUUUCGAGGACGUGCAUAUCCAAUGCAUCCACAUUUGACUCAUCUAAGCUCUGAUUUGUGUCGAGGAAUUCUUGAAUUUGCAGGAGGACGACCGUUAGGGAAAUCUGGGUUACGGUGGCUGAAGAUACAUUUGGCAAACCUGUAUUCAGGAGGAGUUGAAAAACUGUCUCAUGAUGGGCGCCUAGCAUUUGUGGAAAAUCAUUUGGCUGACAUAUUUGAUUCCGCUGAAAACCCUGUCAAUGGAAACCGCUGGUGGUUAACAGCCGAGGAUCCUUUCCAGUGCUUAGCUGCUUGUAUUAAUCUUUCAGAAGCCUUAAAGAGCCCAUCACCACACACUGUCAUCUCUCACCUGCCAAUCCAUCAGGAUGGAUCAUGCAAUGGCUUACAGCACUAUGCAGCCCUGGGAAGAAACAGUCCGGAAGCAGCAGCAGUUAACUUAGUUGCCGGAGAGAAGCCAGCUGAUGUUUAUACAGAAAUUGCUGCCAGGGUCCAUGAAUUAAUAGAAGCAGACAGCAAAAAGGAUCCCGCUACAAAUAAAAAUGCUUUAUUAGCCAAGCUUUUAAUCGAUCAGGUGGAUAGGAAACUGGUUAAACAAACAGUGAUGACUUCAGUAUAUGGUGUUACUUACGUUGGGGCACGUGAACAAAUAAAAAGAAGAUUAGAGGAGAAAGGCCAAAUUACCGAUGACAGAUUGCUUUUCAGUGCAGCUUGUUAUACUGCUAAGGUGACAUUGACUGCCUUGGGAGAAUUAUUUCAAGCUGCACGUGAUAUAAUGAGUUGGCUAGGUGAUUGUGCAAAGGUUAUUUCUUCAGAAGAUCAACCCGUGAGGUGGACAACUCCCUUAGGUCUUCCUGUUUUGCAGCCCUAUUAUAAGACUGAAAGGCACCUUAUAAGAACUUCACUUCAGGUUUUAGCCCUGCAACGGGAGGGUAACUCAGUAGAGGUCAGAAAACAGAGGACUGCGUUCCCACCAAAUUUUGUGCAUUCCCUUGAUGGUACACACAUGAUGAUGACUGCCGUGGCUUGUCGGGAUGCUGAUCUGCGAUUUGCAGGUGUGCAUGACUCUUUCUGGACACAUGCCUGUGAUGUAGAUCUGAUGAAUCAAAUCCUCAGGGAAAAGUUUGUGGAUCUUUAUAGCAUGCCAAUACUUGAGAAUUUGCUUGAGGAAUUCCAGACAUCAUAUCCAGCGCUGAAGUUUCCACCUCUUCCAGAGAGAGGCAAUUUUGAUUUGCAAGAAGUUCUUAAAUCUCCAUAUUUCUUCAACUGAUUCUUCAAGCAGACCUGCCAUGCGUGCUAAUGCUUCUAAUUUCAGCUCAGGAACACCUAGAAUUUUACAGGUUUUCUGUCCAGAGUUGAGCCGAAGUUUUUUUCAAACGGGGGUUGAGCUGAAGUUAGAAAUGCUAAACAGAAGCCUCAUUUGGCUUGCUGGUCCCAAAAUCCUGAAAGAUUAUGAAGAGAUUACCUUGCGGACCGCCUGUACAAUCGUAAGUAACUAGAUGAAAGCAGUAAAGACUGCAAAUCGGCUCGGGUUGCUUUAUAAUAUAUCCUCGAACAUUCGGGGUGAGGUUUUUGGAGACUAACCAGAAAUAAUAGAAAUCGUAGAUCGGCCUGCGGUGAAGAUGACACAUAGAACAUUUGCCUCAUGGAAGCUAAUCACAAUCAGGUGAUGUAAUCUUUUCAGUUGAUGUACUAUGUGUUCUGUACAUAUUUUAUCAGCAUAGGAAGAAAAUAAUCCAUUAUUUACUAGUAGUAGGAAAAUGCUAACUUUAAUAUUUGUAUGGGAAAUGACAAAUACUGCAACAGUUUUGCUAUUAAUUCAAGAGAGGAUAUUUGAAA